UCUUCUUUCCCUUCUCUCUACUAAGAAGAACAAACUGGUUCCGUUUUAACAUGGUUUCAAUUGUAGGUAUACUUCAAAGAUGCUUUUAGCUGCAAUUGAUGAACACCAUAGGGGAACUUAUGAUUUCAUUUAUCUACCCAUCGAUUUUAAGAACAAAUGCAAUGUGGGUUAUGCAUUCAUCAACAUGACCAAUCCUUCGUUGAUCGUUCCAUUCUAUCAGGCAUUUGAUGGGAAGAAAUGGGAAAAGUUUAACAGCGAAAAGGUGGCAUCACUUGCUUAUGCUCGCAUACAAGGAAAAGCUGCUCUCAUUGCCCAUUUUCAGAACUCAAGCUUGAUGAAUGAGGAUAAGCGAUGCCGGCCUAUCCUCUUCAACACUGAUGGUCCCAAUGUAGGUGAUCAGGUACGAGCAUCACAUUUACACAUGUUUUGGGUUCUGUUUCGUUCACACAUGUUUUUAAAGUUUUCCAUAUCUACUUGAACACCAAAAUGCACU